AGGGUGGAACUUUGGACACAAAGGACCCUCAAGAAGCAGGUUUCUGCGCCCGAAACCCCGGAAUAUGCUGUGCUUUGUGAGCCUUUCCUUCUACAGAACCAGAAGAGGGCCCUGAGUUCCUAUCCAUCUUCACACUCGGAUCCGCCUCUGACGUCUGGAAACUGAAAAGCAGGCCAGGGCCAGUGCACACCUUCCCUGUUCUCAUUCAUGUACGGCUCCGCUGGCCGACUCCACACGGGGAUCUCCUGGGGGGUCCCUCGUGUGCAGCGGCCUCACUCCUGGGAGCCCCGUGCCCCCGCAUGGUCUCUGGUGAGGCCCUGGUGGUCCCUGUCGGGUUUAGGGUUUAGGAUUAGCAUUUGCAAAGCGACAGGAUGGGAGGCCGGAGGGCAAGGGCUCCCAGCGUCCCCAUAUGGCUGCCACCGGGUAUCUCCGACCAGCUCCUCCUGGCUCCCGCGCUGCAGCGCCCUUGCCCCUGAAGGCUGUGGUGCACUAACCCCACCCGAGGCCUGCUCCAGUCCGAGACUGAAGGCCGGUUCAGAUUUGCAUAAUUGGGGUCAAAAGUUGAGCCCUGAAACCACACCCAGUGCAAUUUUGUGGGUGUCUUAAAUAUUUUGAACAGUGGGAAUAUAGGAUCCUUAGCUUUCUGUAAUGGGCCGACAUAGCUGUGGUCCCUUUUCUUAUCUGGGAGUUCAAAACAAGGGUGGUGGGGAGACUCCCCUCCUGGCGGAACCAGUGUUGAGCGGAGAGGACUAGAAGCUGACUUGGCAGCGAGCAGCUGUGAGCGCCUCCCUGCUCCCUUGGCCGACUCGUCCUCAUGGCUCCAGGUGGGCCCAGGAGUACCCGGGUCACCAUGGGGCAGUGGCUUCAGAAGCGUCAUCUCUCAGGAUCACCUCAGGGGCACUUGGCCAGCUCUUCCCCAGCAGGGGCACGUGCUGAGCUCCCUGGUGCAGCCAGGUGUUCAGGAGGCCUCGGCGGGUGGGUGGCACUUGAACUGGCCCCGAGGGCCCUGCCCGCUGCCAUGGGUGUGACCUCACUUCAGGCUUCUGUGGUCACUUGACCGAAAAGCUGAUCAGAAAGGGGAAGGCUCUUAGCACUGCCUGUUCCCUGGUGGGGACACCUGUCUGGUGCGUCCGGAUGUGUGGGUGGCACUGCCGACGGGUGAGGCUGCAGGCGUAGCCCCCCUGGAGGGCUGCAGCUCGUGUUUGCGUUGUGCCGGCCCCCCUGCCAACCUCCAAGGGCCGCAGCUCAUGUUGGCGGUGUUGGGCUUUGGCGGCCGGUUUGGGCACUUUGUCUCGAGUGCGGGGCAGGCAGGGCUCUUUCCUCACGCUCUCGGCUGAGCUGGUUGGGAGAGGCUCGGGCAGGGCUGAGAAGCCGGAGCGCAGGCAGCAGCGUCCCCGCCCCCACAGGCUCUGCGGCUCUGGCCUUUGUCCAGAAGAUGGACCCCGUUGUGUGGCCGGUUCGUUCUUCCCUCCUGCUCUUGGAGGAAGGAAUGGAAAGAUCUUGUUGGGUUCAAUGCAGUUGUCUGUUAUCAGAGAUUUUCUUUCAAAGGAGCUUGUAACUAAUUAAAUGGGAUUCCCAGGAAAAAGAUACUUUUGAAUCAACUAAGUUGAAAGAAGGAUGACAGCAGCCCUGAGGAGGAAACUUCUUGUGCACUUUCUCAUACAGAAAGCGUUUUGCUUUUGUUGCUAAAGAUUUGAUUUGAAUGAAAGAUGCUGAUCAGAACCAGUGGGGAUCAGAUAGACAAGCUCCCAGCACGGAGUGGCUGCCACGGCUGUGAUGAAGACAGCAGCGCCCCUUCAGUGUGGAAUCGCGGGAGACGCAGAACGCAACGCAGGGUGGUGGAUUCCUGUGCGGAGCUCCGCCUGCCCCACGGGCCUGGGUUCUGCUUUGUCUGCUAGAGCCCAGUUUAUUGAACCACUUGGUGGCCAGGCAGCCGCCACAGGGCGUGAGCAGCCGGCGUGAAAGCCCAGGGCCUCUGUCUCCCGGGCGCGGCUGGCACAUGCCAUACUCGGUGCCACAUUCACCUCCAGUUCCUCGCUGUGCUGAGCUGCUGGCUGUUAGGAAGGCUUUCCCUCGGCUCCGGCCCUCCCACACGGCCCCCGGACCCCAGACUGCAGGGUGGGCGGGCAUGUCAGGUGAGGCGCUCUGGCCGGCCCACUUGGCAGCAGGGCCACAGCUCCUCGCAGGGCUUUGUGGGAUUUCGAAGGAUGAAUCACCUUGUUCCCCAUUCUCCCCCUGCUGCCCAUGCACGUCAUGCUCUGUGUGAGGAUGAACUGGAGGGACUGGCCGUGCGCGGUGGCUUUUUUCGUGGUUGGGGCGGGGGGGGUGUUGGGUGGAAUGAACAUCAAGGGAACUACCCAUUGAGCUUAGAAAUCCUUGCCAGGCAGUUAGUUUGUGUUUGUUUUUAGACGAGAGUAGUGUUGACUGCAAUUUGACAUCUGAUUUUUUUUUAAUUGAGUUGGUAUAAGCAGGAUGUCAUUGGCUAGGUGACAGUUACAGAGUCACUGAGGGACCAAAUGCCAAGAUGCCUGUUGGUGAGAGAGACCCUCUCCAGAGUUUUCCAGAGGGGCCUCCUUCCACGUGACGUUCAGGACCCUCUCCGGGGCUUUCCAGAGGCGCCUCCUUCCACGUGACGUUCAGGUAACGAGGUGGGACCCCGCGCUGGACGUGGCGCUCGGGUGUUGGCGAGGAGGCGGCGCCGUGUGCUUGAUGGCUUCCAUCAGAGAAGAGUCUGCUCUCCUCCAGAAGGAGCAGGGGGUGGUGGUUCCCAGCGCAAAAGGAAAAGGGGCCGAGCUCUAGCUGUGAUCACGACCUCAGCCUGCCUGCCUUUGUGCGUGGAAGGAACUUGCUAGUGACCGCUGCUCUCCUGGGCAGUUUAAGAGUGUUGUGUGGAGGCCCGUCUCAUUUUCAUAACCCAGAUGGCUCCCAGCGCAGGUUGUGGUCACCUCCAUUUCUCUCUCACGAGAGCGCUGCAGCAAUGCCAUCCGGGGCCUGGCCACGCCUGGUCACUGGGGUCCUGAACAGUGGUGUCCCGAGGCACACAAGCCGUCCCUGCCGGACGCUGACGCACUGUCAGGGCCAAGGGCCACAGUGCAGGUACCACAGCGACCCGCUUCCCUGAGUUCUGCUCAUGCCCCUCAUUUUCCUUGUCUCAACCUUCAGAGCCCUUCCAAGCCCCCACUGGCUGCAGCCCACCCAGGGACCCAGCUGUAGAGGCUGGACUCGGGCAUCUCUGAGGUGUGAGAGGCGCAGGUUUACAAAACUCUGGCUGGGAAGAAAGAGAUUGAAUAACCACUCCCUGAGAAACAGAAACGGGGACAUUUAAUUACAUGAACGUGCGCAUUUAAAAACCGCCUGUGCACUCCUGGAGGGCAGAGCCUGCCUCUCUGGUGAUUUUUGUGUCCCCCAUUCACUUACAGGCUGUGACAAACCCCGUGCCAACACUGCCUGCACUGCCGGGAGACUCAGGGCUGGGGGAGGCAUGCCCUGGCCACCACUGGUGAGCCAGCGAGACUGAGGACCCCGCACGUGCUGACCCAGGGACGCCACGGAACUCACUCGAGACUGAGGACCCCGCACGUGCUGACCCAGGGACGCCACGGAACUCACUCGAGACUGAGGACCCGGCGUGUGCUGACGCAGGGACGCCACGGAACUCACUCGAGAUUCCUGCUCACAGCACGUUUCCUGCUCGGAAGCCAGGAGAGCCUCCACGUGCCACCCAGCUCUGUCCACGUGUCCAUCACACAGCUCUGCAGCAGAAGGAACUUCAGUAAAGAUGCUGGUUUGUAAUGAGACGAGACAAGCGUUCCAAAGUGUCACACGACAUUGUUUAUUUACUAAAAGGAGCAGAAUUUCUCUUUAAUCUCGACAGUGUUCCUUGCUUUCGUAACAGUAGGAUUUAAACUGUUACAUUCAUUUAGGAAAACUAUUUGAUUUUCAUUUUGUAAGUAACCAAGCUAUCUUUCCAGCUUAAAAGCAAAGAAAAAAGGCUCAGGGUAACUUUUUAAAGCACUUCGUCAGUAAGAGAAGUUCUGUUUUUGUCACUGCACGGAAUGAUUGUACACAGUGUUAGCAGACAGUUCACACGCGCCGGUCCGACUUGGAAGGAAACGCAGGUUAACACCGUUUUCUGUCCGAGUUCACAGAGGCGUUUGCAGCAGGCUCAGUUGCUUUCGCAGCUGGAACGAGGGGGCCUCUCCCGCGUGGCUCCCCUGAGCCGAGAGGCCCCUGAGGGUUUUUUCUCCACUGGGCUCUGGGGACGGGGUUUCUGUGGAAAUGGCAGAUGGUGCACAUGAGCAGAGUCCUGCUAGAGAGGUCAGCUCAGCGUCCAGGAGGGGCUGCCAGCGGCAGAGUGCCUGCGCCCGAGGCGGCCACGGACGUGCCUGGGAAGGUGCUGCCCGAGAAGUCUGCUCUGAUGUGGCCGCACUUGGGCAUGCGGGCUCCCCAGAGGCCCAUGCGAGAAAGCUGGGGGUUCCCAGGCUGUGAGUGCAGGACGGGCCAGGCACCACCCUGCAGGGCCCACCCUCCUGCCCCCGCACCCUCACACCCAUCUUCCUCUCUCAGCCUGACCCCAGGGCCUGGGAGUCCCCGGCAGACAGGCCCUCCUUGCCCAGCAGUGGCCGCCCUUUAUGGACUGGGCGCCUGGCAGAGCCGCUGUGGAGGAGGAGUUGGUCGUCAUGGUCGGGGGAGGCAGCCCUUGGCUGGGUGCCGUUGGUGGUCAAGGUUGAACCCAUAUCCGGUGGCAUCUCCUGGUCUGUUCCACACACGAUCGUGCGGGAAGCUCUGGGACCCGAAAGCUGUUAUGAUCUCAGUCACAAGUUCUCACAGCAGCCUGGGGUCACCAGGGACUAGACCCAGCAUUAGGCUUUAGGAGCUGCCUGACUGCUGGGCUGAGCUUCAUUGCAGGCCCAGGAAGAUGACCAAGAAGGGCGGAGCAGAGCCCCGUCAGCCACUCCUUGGGCUGGAAGUGACUUCCUCAGUGUGGAUGGCAGCUGUUAACAAGCAGUGGUGGUUUGGCCGGAGGCCUCUGGGGGCACAGACAUGGCGUGAAGGAUGGCAGAUGGGCGUGCACGCUCGGGAGGACAGGCAGGUGGCAUAGGCCUGAGCAGGUGGCGUCGGCGCACGAGAAGGGUGUGUCUGAGACAGGAUGUUUAUCCCAAAGGCCAGGAGUGGACGAGGCGGACGAGUGGCCGUGAGCGAUGGCAGCCACACUUUUCCUCGCUUGUUUUGAAGGCCAAGCCGGCGGCCUCCUCGGCAGCUGGGGACAGUUGCUUCCUUAGCUUCUGUGUGCCGACUGCCUCACCUGACACACAGCCUGGGCGUGAGAGAAGCCAACCAGGUGCCUGAGCUGACUGACUCCCUCCUCCCUCCAACCUCCAGUCUCCUCUCUUCCUCCAUCCUCCUCCCUCCAGUCUCCUCCAUCCGCCCUCCUCCCUCUGCCUUAUCUGGAAUCGGGGUCCUGGUCCUGGGCUAGAGGCAGACCCUGGCCCGGGAGAGGUUCUCAAGGCACUGCGGGAGGGCAGCGUCAUGAUGUCCUGAAGCUUGCCGCGCCCGGUGCUGUCAGCCGGCUGAAGGGAGAAACUGUCACAGCACCCGCAGCUAUGGAAGGUGACGUCCGAAAAUCUGUUAGGCACCUUGAUGUCAGGUUUCCAAGACCAAAGGCAAGAAUAGUCGGACCAAACUUAGGAAGAGUCAGAGAAACUGAGCGUGACCUAGAAGAGGCAGAUGGCCCUUCCCCUCCUCUCCUGCUGAGUGUUCUGUCGCACACACGACGUGAAAUCCACACUGCCCUGUGAAGACUGAGGGCAGGUCUUGGAUGUGCCGCCCUCACAUGGCCCAGGAGCACCAGCAGCUUGGGGGCCACCACAGGCCCCAGAGCCUCUUUACUCUCAUGGGUUCCGCGGACGAUAAAACUUCCCGGGGAAGGAGUAAAGGACGAUCAAAAACCUGAACUGAAAAAGGGUGGAUCUGUUUUGCAGGUUUGCAAGGGUGGGGAGACGCCAGCCUGGCCCAUGGGCUGUCCAUGCCCACCCCUCACAGACCAUGCUGCCAUCCGGAGGGGAUGCCACUUUCUCCUGGCCUCUGGGAUGCACAGGUAAAGCAUGGAAGAAGCUGUUGGGGAGGAAAAUGGCUCUCACCAGGCUGCUCUCAGGCUAAUGAAAACUCAUCCAAUUCUCCAUGCAGCAGCAGCCAGCCUGGCACACGCUGCCCUGCCCUGCCCUGCCCGACUGUGGAGGUGAGCGGGUCCCCCCGGGCCUGGGUGGAAGGACUGCGCGCCUGUCAGGGAAGGCCGAGGCUCCGGACAGGUGGGAAGCAGCCGCCUCCUUAAUCACCCCAUGUGGAAACCAAUUAAAGGUUUGAGUCUCUCAAACCCGGGGCAUUUUAGCCUUGGUUGAAUCCUCCUGGAAUUCCCAGGGAAGUGGCUUUGCCCUCUGCCCUUGCUGCUGGAAGGCAAGGGGCCGGCCUCGGCUUGGUUUUCUAGGUUGUGUUAUGGCAGCAGCUGACGGCCCCUAGGCCUGGAUCCACACGGCUUCGCUCAGGGACACCUGCCUCCAUGCGUGUCUCAUGGUGUGAACGUGUCUCCUGCUCACAGGUACCAUUCUGUGUCAUGCAGUUACUGGAAUGUACAAAAGCAGCUGUGAUGUUUGCAAAGAGUUGCAGACAAUUACAAAACCCAUCUCCCAGCAUGCGUGAUGGUGAGAGCUGCAAAGAGCAGGAGUCUUUAUUUGGUUCACUUCCGGUCUGCAGCAACCACUUGAUACCAAAAAACGGAAAAGAUGUACAAAAAGAUGUCACAUCCCUUUAGAAAGCGACAUCAUCAGAAACGUAUGUGACCUUCAGUCCUCCCUCCCUCUCCUGUGCCCCCCCCAGACCAGGCUGCGAGAAGGAACGGGGAGUGAACAUAUAACAACGGAAAACAAUAAAACUGAAUUUAACUGGAA